GACUUUGGCCAGUUUGAAACACGCUCCGAACCAAUGAUUCGAAACAAAAGAUUCGUAAAGUUUCGAAGCCUCAUGAAGCGUGCUUCGAAAUCGCCCAUCACUAGCAAAUACGGCCGCAGAGUGGGACGACCUUCCUCAAAGGUACUUUGGUACGUCUUGUGUUUGAGAACAUUAAAGUGCGCAGUAUUUACGCAUACCAAAAUAAAAAUGUCAACUCUCAGCUCGUAGACCUGUAUGUCCUUUCCAGCACUCCGUAGUACAGAGCGGUACAGAAAGAGCGACAUUAAGUUUUCCUAGCAACGUCCAAAGUGUUAAGUGUACAUUUUCACUUACCUUUAAGUCUUGAAGAUCUCCAGAGAUCAUACGCGUGUUGGUGAUCCUGGGACUUUUGUGCCAUGGACGAUGACUGCUUAUCGUUGCUGCCACUCAUCUGUGUGGCUUUGGCAGAUCCGAGGCAGUCUCCACCUGAUGAUACCUCUUUAGUAAAGCUGCUGGAUUGGUUUAAAGAGCUGCCCAGACAAAUUAAUGGGGAUUGUCUUCUGCAGCAACAGCCGUGUCUUUUGAAGUUCAUAUCCAGCGUUUGUAAAUGUACAGAUACGGAUCACACUAUCCUGUCCUUUACCCUCAAACUCACCGGACAUCUGGCUGACACCGAGCAAGGCUUCAGCUUGCUUAAGGAGGAAGGCCUGUUGGCGUGCGUGUUUGAGAGGGAUGGUUGGUGCGUGCCAGAUUUUUGGCAUGAUGCUUCGGUGCGCAGCGGCUGGGUACAGGGACUGUUAAAUAUGCUGAACCAUUGGAAAGCUCUUGACUUUAUUUGUGGAAAUGGACUCGUCAAAGUUCUUCUUCAUCUGCAGAAUGACCCGAGCCUGUUCGUCAGCUCUUUAGCCAAUCAGCUUCUAGUGAAUAUCCUAAACUUCAUGACAUCAUCAAAGAUGAAUAACAGCAGUGAUGCUGUGGGUUCAAGUCAGUCUCCUCUGGGCUCUGUCACUUCAGAGAUCAUGAGUGUCAUGGUUGAAGCAUUGGGCUCAGAGAAGCAUCAUCAGGUCCUCCAGGGCUUAAAACUGCUGUCAUUGGUUUUCUCUCAGUGUGGGGAACCAAUCAAAAUCAUGCGAUGGGAAGAUGUCCUGGUACCUCUGGAGGUCUUGAUCAAAAGGGGAUCAGGAUUAUUGACACAGCCUCUUAUGACUGUGCUCCUGGCUGCUAUCAGAUCUCCUCUCCUCGGCCAAUCAGAAUAUAAAGUAAAUGAAUUAAUGGAAGCCAUGUUGGGUGCUGAAAAUGGAAAGGACUGUUUUCAGUGUGCCGCACUUAUCGUAAAGCUGGAAAAAUGUCCUGAGGCUUUAAAAAGAAAGGCCGCCAAUAUCGUCUUGCUCCCCUUGCGCUGCGUGCCGGCGAAGCCCCAAGAUGCAGCAGCAAAAGAGCUGGAAAUAGUCCUGGAGGAACAGCUAUCCCAGAAAUCCUUGUGCAUUUCACUUCUUAUGCAGAGUUUAUCCGGCAUAGCAGAGCUGGCACACAAAAAAUAUAAGUUUGAAGACAUUUCAGCAAUCACCUGCUCUGUGAUGUCGCUCCUGAGAAUUUGCAUUGGACAUUGUCCAUCCUCUUCACUGGGUAUUAUUGAAUCCACUCACCUGAUUGGCUGCUGCAAGGUUCAGAGGUCUGGCUUGGAUACGUUAAGUGCCCUCAGCGUAUAUAAAGAAAACAUGGAUUUACGACAGAAGGUAUUUGAUGUCCUCCUGGAGUAUCUACAGAGUCCAGAUUCCCAUGCCACAGUCUUGAAAAAGGCAUUUCAGGCCACUGUAAGGUGGAUUGAUGUGUGUUCAUCUUUCCCCGAUCUGCUUCCGUUCAUCAAUCGCGACCUCUUCCCUGUAUUGGAGAAGCGCACGUGUGAUUUGCGAUGGGAAGUGAGAGACUCUGCACUAGAGUUUAUUACUCAGCUGACAGCCAUCCAGGGUGGUAAUGGUGAAUAUGUUGAAGCCCUGCACACCUCUGGGAUGUUCUCCAUUCUUCUCUCUUCAUUAAGAGAUGCAGAAGGUUAUGUCAGGGCGAGUGCUGCGAGUGCCGUCGGUGAAGCAGUUACCUCGUCUGUCCAACAGAGGGAGCUUCUUAACAACAACACGCUGGAGGAGGUUUUGAUACAGAUGAUGGCCAUUCUUUCUCAAGACACCGAGGGCUUCCCUCGUAGAGCUGUGAUCAAAGCCUUCACAUCAUGGGUUAAAGGACCACACCCUCUACCAGCUCUGGACCAAUCCCUAAGCUCCGUGCUGUCACUGGGAGGCAACGACUUUGACUGGGAGGUCAAAAUGCACACACUGGAGCUAGCUGAAGUAUUGAUGGAGAAGACGCUGACCUGCUGUCCGUACGCCGUCGAGAUCUUCAGUUUGCCAGAAGCUUUGGGCAAACUCAAAGAUAUCGGGCUGCUGGAUUUGUUGCUUAAUAGCUUGUUUGACUGUGAUAGGCCGGUGUGUGAGAAAGCUUGCAGGCUUUUGCUCAAGCUGAGAACAGUGGCAAGUGAUGGCAGUGCUCUUGUCUUGGAUGUCUAUGGUAACAGAUGGGGCGAUGAAGUUCGAAGUCGAUACCUUAACAAACCGCAGGCAGAAAGGUCUCUGUGUGUGAUAAAUGGAGUUAAGGAGUCUUGUGAGAGGACAGAUUGUGAUCCUCUUGGCAUCAAAGAGAUUAGUUUGACGAAAACCCUGCAGUUACUGGAUCUGGAUCUUAUGCAGAGGACUUUGACUUUGAGUAGUGAUCACAUAGUGAAUUCUCCACGGUCGCUAAUGGAGGACAUCCUUUCAUCAGUCCAGCAGACUGAGGACAAUAUAGUAGAUUGCUAUUGAGAAUAUACAUAUUUUUUAAGUACCAGAGAGAACAUAGCACAGGUGUUGAAUAUAUGAUACAUCAACAACAUUGUCUAAAAAAACCAGUGGUCAUGUAUCAUGCUCUGCCUUAAAUGGUCCGUUUUCAUAAAGUAAAAACACAAAAAUUUUUUUAUCACAGAUUUAAUUUUUACAAUUCAUGUUUUUAAACCUUUUUGUCCACUGGAAAGACAUAACCACCAUAAAUUGACUAAUUAAAUUGUGCCAAAUUGUAUAGGUUCAGGUCACAAUUUACAUGGUUUUAUGUAAGUUUUACACAAAUUGAGAAGUUCAGAUGCAAAACCCUCUAAGUAACUUACAUUGUUUUUUUCUACUGCACAAACCAGCACAAAUUCACUCUUUCACCGCCAACGUUUUUAAAAAAAGUUGCCAGCCAGCGCCAGCGUUUUUCAUGAUUUUCACAAAAGUUUAAUGUCUUCCAGAAAAUGUUUUUCUUCAAAUAUAUAAACAAACAAUAUACCAAAUGAAAUAACAGACCAUCUGCUUUCAAACAAAACAAAACGUUUCAUCAUACCUUUAGUGGUUCUUUUGUAAUCAGCUUUUGAAUAUGGGUAGGUUUCUGCAAAAACACCACAUUUUGAGCAAAAAGCAGAGAUAAUUCCAUUUUUGUGAUGGACUUUUCAUAGAGGUCCCAUUCAGAGCGAUCUUUAAAACAGACACGGACAUGCACCCGCUUGCCAUAGGGCAAUACUUCCGGGUUUAACAAGUUGCUGAAUGGCGCCACCUAGUGGAUAAUAGCGGUAUUGCGGAAAGACGGAAAAACUCGUCAUUGGCGGGGAAGCGUUUUCUCUUGAUUGACGAGAUAUCUCGUCAACGGCGGGGAAAGAGUUAAGCACAAACGAAAAAAGCGCUGGUUUGGGUCGAUUUGGAAGACGUGGGGUGGAGAGGGACGUCACUGACCAGGAACAAAUUUGUUAUUUCUAAGAAAGGUAAAUAGAUACACUGGUCAUUUUAACGGCACAAAUCAAGCACAAACGAACAGCGCUGUUUUGAUUCGAUUAGGACGAUAUGGGGUGGAGAGUGACGUCAAUAGUACCGAAAAUAUUCUUCUUAUAUCUCACAAAGGGAAGUUAUUACAGCAUUUGUUGUCGUGGCACAAAUCGAGCACAAACGAACGCCACCAUUUUGGAGGGAUUUGGACAACGUGGGGUGGAGAAUGACGUCACACAGCCAAACAAAAAAAUCAUGUUUAAUAUCUCAAACCAGCACAAAUAAGCAC